AUGUUUUCAGUUUCAGUUGCUCUUAUUUUGUUCAUCAUAUGGGGAGAAUCGCUCAGCUACUACCAUUCGAGAUUGUAUUGGAAUGUCCCUCAACCGAAAUUUGACAAAGCAAGAUCUCUAGGGAUACUUAUCGUGGCCGAUCCCCAGCUGGAUUUUCUCCAUGCCGUGUCGGCUACUAACCCCGACUUGAUCAUUUUUCUUGGCGAUCUAUUCGAUGAAGGUGUUGAGGCUAGCGAUACAGAGUUUCAAUGGACGAUUGACAGAUUCAAAGCCAUCUUCGACACAAACAUCCCUACGAUCUACAUCAGUGGUGAUAAUGACGUCGGUGGUGAGAUAGAACCGGUACAAAGCCUUCUGACAGCAAGGUUUAGGAAAAUGUUCACGAACACAUUUCCAUCAUCGAAUGACAUCUUCAAGUCUCUUGUUAAUUUGAUGAAUUCCGAAGUGACGAACAUCAGAGAGUUCUCUGAUCCGCCGGAGCUGAAAGUGGUCUUGAGUCAUGUGCCUUUCGCAGUUAUGUCCUACGAUUACUCUGGAAAAAUGGUCCGUUUCUGCUGUUAG